AUUCUCACCAUCUUUACCACUUUUUCUUCAGCUCUCUCUCUCUCUCUUCAUCAACUUCUUCUUCAUCCUUCUACCAUUUCUCUUUCUCCUUUCUUUGGUAUUAUUGCCUUAAACAUAUCUCUUAAUUUGAUAAAAUGACUUCUUUUUAAUUUCUUUCUGACAAAGCUUACAGAAAUUUAAUCUUCUGAUCAUCUGAUCUCUUUUUACUACUACCAAAGUAUAGUAGUAAAUACUUACUUUUAUAUAGUAACAGGCUAUAUAUUGUGUAGGCUUUGUACGUCAAAACAAUUAAAACAAGUAGUUGGGAAGUAGAACUACUCCUUUAUAACUAUCCCAGCAGAAAACAUCUGAUUUAAAAUCCCACAAAAUAUUACAAUAUGUUGGAGGCUAUUAAGUACUUGAUCGGCUCCACCGGCUCUAGUGGCUACGGCUCCAAAUCCACCGCCGAGGAUGUUACCGAGAACUGCCGUGAUCUCCGUCAUAUCACCGCCAUCAUAACUGGAGCGACGUCGGGAAUAGGAGCAGAAACGGCUAGAGUAUUGGCUAAGCGAGGAGCUCGGCUUAUACUUCCGGCUCGAAGAUACAAAGCCGCCGAAGAAACUAAGGCUCGAAUUUUAGCCGAGUGUCCAGAAGCUAAGGUGAUCGUCAUGGCACUUGAUCUUAGCUCUCUUUCUUCUGUAAAAAAGUUUGUUCACGAGUUCGAAUCACUCCACCUGCCUCUUAAUCUCCUUAUAAAUAAUGCGGGGAAAUUUUCGCAUAGACAUGGGAUCUCAGAGGAUGGCAUAGAGAUGACAUUCGCUACCAAUUAUUUAGGGCAUUUUGAGUUAACAAAGCUAUUGAUGAAGAAAAUGGUGGAAACGGCGGAAGAAACAGGAAUCCAAGGAAGAAUAGUGAACGUGUCGUCCAGCAUUCACAGCUGGUUCACCGGAGAUUUGAUUCCUUACCUCGAGCUCAUCACUAAAAACAAAAGUCAAUAUGAUGCGACACGUGCUUAUGCUCUCUCUAAACUCGCCAACGUACUUCAUACUAAGGAGCUUGCUCAUAAACUUAAGCAAAUGAAAGCAAACGUUACAGCAAAUUGUGUUCAUCCUGGAAUUGUGAGGACUAGACUCACUAGAGACCGUGAAGGCCUUAUCACAGAUUUGGUGUUCUUCUUGGCAUCAAAACUCUUAAAAACUAUUCCUCAGGCUGCAGCAACCACAUGUUACGUUGCAACACAUCCUAGACUUGAAAAUGUAUCAGGAAAAUACUUUGCAGAUUGUAACGAAGCGUUUCCAUCUAAGUCCGGCUCCAACUCUUACCAGGCGGAAAGACUAUGGAUUACCUCUGAAAUCAUGGCUGAUGCCAAAACUCCUAAAUCAUUUUUUAAUCAAUAAAUUAAUAAUAAUAAAAUUAAUAUUAUCCGUUAAUCAAAA